AUGAGCACUUCAAUUCUCAAGCGAAUGCAAGAAACGAAUCGUACGCAGCAGUUUCUGCUGCAAUUUCGCUCGGUGUUGAAUCGCUUUUUGGAAAUCGCCAGUAUUUUAGCCGUCCAGCUCCUGUUCCUCGCCCGCAACCUGGUCACACUGACUGCAAACGCAGCCGUUUGGUGCUGUAUAAAGCCGUUGGAUUUGAUGUUAUUCGCUAUUUAUUGGGUCGGUGAGCGGCUGGGCAUCGUUUCUCCUCAGACAAAAGAGGACUUCAACAAUUUACGGAAAAGUUUGUGGAAUGGUACGUCAGUUGGUGGGAACGGCCGCCUUUCGACUUUGCUAGUGCCCCAUAUCGACAUCGACGAGCAGUCUGACUCUUCGUGUGGGUUCGGUGAGGACGAGCAGGGGCCCCUUAUCGCCUCAGUCAACGCCGUUUGUGACUCGAUAGACGAGAUCGUCUCCGCGGCCCGUAAAUUUGUUGACCCCAUUGAUGCUGAGCAGGACUGUGAUAGGCUUGAAAUUUUACCAAGAGCUUCGCUGAAAGCCGCCUCGCGGGCGAGUCGGCGUUGGAGAAUAAAACGCCGCAAAGAAGCCACUCUGAAUGGACUUAAACCUUUACGCUUGACACCUCAAUCGAGAGGACAGAGUUCAAGACCACGGCGGCGUGGCCUCCGCAUCAAGUUUGAUUGGCAUCGCCCCAAGUCAAGGGCCGCUGUAGAUGACUCUGAUUGA